AUGGGGAACUCGCACAGUGGUAAACACGGCAAGCCGAGCCGCCGGCUGGACCGUCACGCGGCGUUACGACCCUCUGUGCACGCGCGAAGAGCUCGGCUGAUUGGAGUCAGUCAGUUCGGCUUCGAGCCGGCGUUCGAGGCUCCCCUGAACCACGUGCUGCCGGCGCCGGGACGGCCGCGCGCGCACAGCUUCCGAUCGCCUCCUGUGAGCCUGUCGCAGUCGCUGGACGCGCUGCCGACCAUCCAGCUGGAGCACCGGCAGUCGGAGCGGCCGCGGCGCAGGAGCGAGCUGCGCGCCUCGCGCUCGGCGCGGCGCAGCUCGCGGCAGAGACCGCCUCCUCCGCCGGCGCCGGUGGCUUCCACAGACGACGAGAGGCCCGCGGUACCUCAGCGGCGCCGGCCCCCGAGACGGAGUCGGAUGGUGGGCCGACAGCUGCCUGCCGAGCCGGAGCCGCGUGCUGCAGAGAACAUCUACGAGACGAUCCCCAGUGGAGGAGAGGCCUCCUCGGAGAGUGAGGACGGAGAGCCCUCGGCGCGCGCCGGCCGCGGACCUGCCUCCCUGUCUCUCCCGGCGCUAGUUCACUGCAGUGGGGAGCAGCUCUCUGAGGCGGACCCUCCCGCUGCCUCAGAGGGUGCCGCCGCGCCGCUGGCCACCUCCUCUCCUCGGCUGGCGGCGCGUGCCUCCCUGAGCUCGCUCACCAUCCGUGUGUCGGUACCGGCCUCCCGCUCCGGCGGCGGGUUCAAACGGAGGAACAGCCUGCCGGCCCGGUCGGCGCUCGAGACGCAGGCGCGGCUGGGCGGCUCGCUGCGGCCCGCCUCCUCCUGUGUAGCCGUGGACGAGGUGCGGGUUCAGUCGCCACACUCCACGCUGGUGGACGUGGUGCCGAGCGGAGCAGAGUCGGACGGAGCUGAGGAACCCUCCAAGCCGGGCGAGCAGGGAGAGGCCGCUCGGCAUAACCCUUCAUCUUCCACCGCAUCACCCGCUCCGGCGGAUGAAACCGACGAGACAGUUCAGGUGACCGACACUACCGUCGAAAUCAAAGAGGAUGAGGACGCAGUAGAUGGCUCAGCUCGCGCCGCCCCUGCGGGCAGACCCGCUGUGGACCCCUGUGAGGACGGUGUCGCGGCGGACAGUGGUCCUGAGGACAGUGAGUGCGGAGAGGACUCGGGGGCAGGCUCUCCACUGGACCAGACUCUGGACGUGUCGGCGGCGGAGUUGAGCAGCGACCCGGCGCCCACGCUGGCCGAGCUGGACGCCGUGUUUGAGCGGGCCGAGUCGGCAGAGGAUGGAGACUGGUCCGGCGCGGAGACGGACAGGGUCGGACCGACCGCCGGCGACAGCGCCAACAGUCAGAUGGAGAACGCGGUGACUCCCGUCUACCUGGCCGCUCAGGAGGGGCACCUGGACGUACUCCGGUACCUCGUGGACGAACAGGGCGGCUCGCUCACCCUGCCAGCUAAGGACGGCAUGGCACCGGUCCACGCCAGCGCCCAGAUGGGCUGCCUCAGCUGCCUCAAAUGGAUGGUUCUUGAGAAGGACGUGGACAUCAACAUGCGGGACGGCGACGGCGCCACGCCGCUCCAUUUUGCGGCCAGCCGCGGCCACACUCAGAUGGUGCGCUGGCUGCUGCGGCACGGUUCCAAAAUAGUGCUGGACAAGUACGGCAAGUCGCCCAUCAACGACGCGGCCGAGAACGAACGAAUAGAGUGUCUGUCUCUGCUGGUUCAGCACGGCACCGACCCCGAUUACGACAUGGAUGAGGACGCCGACAGCGGCCGACAGUCCAACUCCAACUCCAACCCGUGCUGCUGCAGGGGGAAGACGUCUGCCGGCGACUCGUCCGGCCCGUCCAGCCCCCGUUCCACCGAGUCCACAUCGUCCCACUACUACAGCGGCGGCAGCUCGACGGGCGAGCACUCUCCGUUCUACCUGCACCGUCCGGGCGCCGCUCCGACCGCUCCGGGGGGCCCACCGACCGGACCCCGGACCCUGAACGCCGGACACAGGCCCUUCUACCUGCACGAGCCGGGCGACUCGGUCUACCACCGGGUCAACGAGCUGUUCAACUCGCUGACGCUGGGGCACGAGCCGCGAGCCAGCAAUGGAGAUAAGAAGCAGCAGCGGCGCAGGAGGGACGGGGAGAAACAGAAACUGAAGCGGGCCGCGCCGGCUGCGGAGGUGCCGCCCCCGCCCCCGCCCCCGCCGCCGCCGCCGCCGGGGACGGUGCAGAAUGGACAGGGAUCCCCACCGCCGCCGCCACCACCGCCCCCGCCACCGCCAGCUACCAGCAAAACUUUGCCGAGGUUACCAGCGUCUAAGCCGGGGACGCCACCCGCCAUCACGGAGCCUGUCAGUCAGAAAGAGGCCGACGCUCGACGACCUGGCUCCGGAGGAGGCCUUCACCCGUACACAAACGUGGCACCUUACGAAAUAGUGGCCGACGUUCAUGAGAACAGCUCUGACACAGAGUCCAUUCCACCUCCGCCGGAGUUCGGUGACAGCAGCAGCUCGGGCCGCGACAAGAGUCCGCUGCGUCGACUGCACGCCCUUUCCACAUCCAGUAGCACCUCCAGCGGGCCGCCCGUGCCGCUGCCGCCCAAACCCGCCCCCGCCCCCGCCCCGGACGCGCCGCCCGCGCCCCUGCCGCCCAAACAGAAACGGCGGGAGCCGGCCACCGCGCCGCUCCCGCCGCCGCCCCCACCCAAAACGGCGACUCCGGCCGCCCACAAGGCACCUCCUCCUCCACCCCCUCCCCCUCCGCCGCCCCCGCCCCCUCCCCCACCACCCCCGCCUCCUCCGAGCCAGGGCGGCAGCGCCGAGUCGUCCACGGCAGAGGGCAGCACCUCCGAGGAGCAGACUCUGCGGCCCAGUCAGCUUAAACAGGCGUCCCAGGGCGCCGAUACCAGUCUUUCAACGCUGCGGGAAGCGCGUCAGGUCCGCGGCAGCCGCCCCACCUCCCUGCCCGCGGACGCCGGGGAGCACCUGUCUGCCCAGCUGCAGGCCGUCACCGGAGACCCGUCCAGCUCCGCCGGCACCCUGCUGACCACCGCCGCCAAACUCAAACACAUGCCUGCCGUGCCGUUCAUCCCGCCCAAGUUCCCGUCGCUCGCCGACCCGAACCAGCUCAUCAAACCGUCCGAGUACCUGCGCUCGAUCGGCGGCCGGCCGGUGGCGCCGCCUGGCGGCCGGCAGACGGCGCCACCGUCGGAGCAGGGCGCCGAGGACGGGCCCGUCAGCCUGAGCUCUGACAGCGGAGUGGACUCGAUCGCCUCGUCUCAGCCGGCGCCGCCGCCGCUGCCGGCGAUCCCUGAGGCGGCUCAGGAGGGCGGACCCCCGCCUCCCCCGCCCCCUCCGGCUCCUGCGGCCGGUCCGCCGCUGGUGGCUAUCUCGGCCAGUCAGCUGCAGCAGGUGCAGCUGAGGAAGACGGCCGACAAACUCACCAAGACCUACUCGGCGCCCGUGGGCGGCGCAACGACAGCCAACAACAACAUGUCGGUGAAGAAAGACGACGUCAUCGCCGAGCUGAAGCGCAGCAAGGACAUGGACGGCGUACGAAAGCUGCGGGAGGAGCGGGCCAAGUCGGCCGUGCAGAUCCUCCGGGAGGAGAGCAAGGAGAUGAGCAAGGAGUUCACCGCAGAGGCUUUCCUCAGCGAGAUUCCCGAGACGGACGCGGCCGGUAACACGAUUCCGGCGUGGAAGCGACAAAUGAUGGCGCGGAAGGCAGCUGAGCGCGCCAAAGUCGCCGCCGAGGAGCAGCGUCUGAAGGACCUGGAGCAGCAGAAGAUGCAGGCGCUGCCGCCCUGGAAGCGACAGCUGAUCGCCAGGAAGGAGGAAGAGGACGCCAAACGCCGCUCGAUGACCAGCUGCCGACGGGUGCCGGUGGCGGCCCCCACCCCCGAGGAGAUGAUGAAGACAAGAGCGGCAGAACCGCUGGCCGUGCACCGGUAGUAGAGGCUGCCGGCCGGGAGGGCGCUCUGUACCGCUCGUAGGCGUUCUGCCCCGGCUAGGGACGUUGAGUGCCGACCUGCAGGACCUGCAGGUUCUGGUCCGACCCCGGGGAGCCCUGUCCCGGCCUGAGGCAUCUUGUCCCGGCCCGAGGCGCUUCGUCCCGGCCAUGGGCGUCCUUGUGCCGGCGCGGCGCGUCCCAGUUGUGCCGUUCGAUCGGAGGCCGCUGGCGGGCACUCCGUCCCGCCGCGGCAGACGGACCGGACCUUCCGCGGUGAUAUCUCUGAUUACCGUCCGCAGCCGCCGUCCGUGGGGUGAUGUAUGGUGAGUGGAGUCCCCAGUCACCACUGCACUGCCGACAGUGGCGACUCUCAGACAGCCUCUCUCACUCAGAGAGCCGCCACAAACACAUGUGUCAGGCUCAGCCAGCAGACGACAGAGCCCACUCGGCUGUAAUAGACACCGCGAGGAGCCGCCGUUCUGCGCACCAACCUUGAGCGAAGCUGCUGGAAGGACAGGAGGACGCGCGCGGAUUCCAGGCAGGAGGGCGCCGGCAGCCGGUGUCUCCUGCUCGGGGGGACGGGGGGGGGGGGGGGUCUCAGCACUGCGUGCUGACCGGGGCGACGGGACAAUGCCAUGUGAUACUGUGUCCUGUGCGCCCCGAGGUGGCUGCGUCUGGUUGACGCAUCAGAUGUGCGAGCGUGUUAGAAAGUGUGGAAGUGUGAGUGCUUGCGAUUGUGGACAGUAGCUUAUAACUAAUGUUCAUUUGUCCA